UUAACCAACAACAACAAUGACGCAUGGUGUUAGGAGAUGUAAAAAAAUAUAUACUUUAUACGGUCAAUGGGAGAGAUAAUUAACGAAACAAAAGGAGGCAACGGAAGAACAACUUUUUUCCAAAAUAUUUUUUCCAUACACAUGAUUUGGCUCUUCAUCUGUGAAUACGGAUAGUAAAGGAGCAUCAUUUCGCAAUCUAUUUUGCAUGCAGUUGAGCGCGCAAACUGGACUAUAAUAUUUUCUCUCGGUUAACCUAAUAACACGACUAUUAUAUCAUUUAUUGAAGCUUUUUAUUUGAACUUUAUCAGGCAUACAUUUUGAAGGUGUUUUAAUGAAACCUUUAUUUUGGACUGCUACGGUUUACCCCUGUGCUCACAGCAAGAUGUGUUGAGCUCUUUACUAUAGCUGUGUCGUCAGGGAUUCUAGACUGCAUAGACAUUGCGCUACAUUCGAGUGAAACCAACUGGGAAAUAACAAUAAAUACGGAAUACAAUGACUAUGUCUGUCCCGGAGAGCAAUUCAGGGUCCGAGGGGAAGGAGGAGGAGAGUGAAGAUGAGAGUGAAAUCCUGGAGGAAAGCCCAUGCGGUCGCUGGCAAAAGCGAAAAGAGCAGAUCAGUCAAGGUAAUGUCCCAGGUGUUGAGAGUGCUUCACUGGCCAUGGACACAGAGGAGGGAGUGGAGGUGGUGUGGAAUGAGGUGCUCUUCAAUGACAGGAAGGUCUUCAAGGCACAGGAGGAAAAGAUAAAGGAGAUGUUUGAGAACCUGAUGCAGGUUGAGCACCCAAAUAUAGUGAAGUUCCAUAAGUACUGGCUGGACAUGAGAGAGAGUCAAGCUCGGGUCAUCUUUAUCACAGAGUACAUGUCCUCAGGAAGCCUAAAGCAGUUUCUCAAGAAAACCAAGAAAAACCACAAGACCAUGAAUGUCAAGGCUUGGAAGAGAUGGUGUACCCAAAUUCUCUCUGCCCUCAGUUACCUGCACUCCUGUGAGCCGCCCAUCAUCCAUGGCAACCUGACCUGUGACACCAUCUUCAUCCAACACAACGGCCUCAUCAAGAUUGGCUCAGUAUGGCACCGGUUGUUUGUUAAUGCUGUCUGUCUUGUCCUCUCAGUGUUUCCGGAGGCCGGUGUUCAUGGUAAAGUCCGUGCACACCGAGACGAGCAGAGGAACCUGCACUUCUUCUCUCCUGAAUACGGCUCGGCUGAGGAUGACUAUGCCAUUGACAUCUUCUCCUUCGGGAUUUGUGCUCUAGAGAUGGCUGUCCUGGAAAUCCAGGCUAAUGGGGAUGCUGUUGUGUCCAAGGAGGCCAUCACCAACGCAGGCCAGUCUUUGGAGGAUCCCCUCAUGAGAGAGUUCACCCAGUCAUGUGUACGUCAUGAAGCCAAGCAGCGGCCCACAGCUCACGACCUGCUAUUCCACCGUGUGCUGUUUGAGGUCCACUCCCUCAAGCUUCUGGCUGCCCACUGCCUCAUCAGCAACCAGUACCUGCUCCCAGAGAACUGUGUGGAGGAGAAGACCAAGUCCUUUGAUCCCAACGGUCUCAUGGCGGAGAUCAAACAUGGCGACCGGCCUGGUGUGCAGCUCAAGUACUCCCAUGUGUCCCCUUUGGAGCUGGACAAGUUCCUGGAGGACGUCAAGAAUGGGAUAUACCCCCUCAUGAACUUUGCGUUAUCGCGGCCCCACCCCGUCCCCCGUGCCCUCUCCCUGUCCCAUGAACAGGUGGAGUCGGUAAAGACCCCCACCCCUGAGCCCCAAGAGACAGAGAGCAGAAAGGUGAUUCAGAUGCACUGUAACUUGGAGUCAAAUGAAGAAGGGACCAAAACUCAUCUCUCUCUGUUUCUUAAGAUGGAUGACAAGCUCCAUCGACAACUCAGCUGUGACAUCCUUCCAAAUGACAGCUCCAAAGACCUUGCCAAUGAACUUGUUCACUAUGCUUUCAUAAGUGAGGAGGACUGUGAGAAGCUGGCAGGUUACCUUGAGGAUGCGCUCACCAGACACAAGGGCAAAGCCUCUGGAACCACACAGUGAGAAGUGUCCGUUAUGAAAACUGUCUCAGAGAGGGGCCUCAUGCAUUGACCACUCGAACAGAAAGAGAAAGGGGCCAGAAGGCAGGAUCCCUCAGCCAGGAUCAGAGGAGUCAGGUCCAGUGAUGGUUUGAGGGAUUGGGACUGGGGCUGAUGAUUGGUGGGAUCAUCCCAUAGAGGGCUAGGAUAGGCCAGGAUUGAGAGGGACAGGAAGCAUCUCUCGUUGGAAGACCCAUAGACAUCAUGGCUACAGUGCAUUCGGAAAGUUUUUUUUAACGUUACAGCCUUAUUCUAAAAUUGAUUUAAACUACAACCUACACACAAUACCCCAUAAUGACAAAGUGAAAACAGGUUUAAAUAAAUAUUAGCAUUAAAAAUAUUUAUUUGUAUUAAAAAUAAAAAACAGAUACCUUAUUUACAUAAGUAUUCAGACCCUUUGAGAUGAGACUCAAAAUGGAGCUCAGGUGCAUCCUGUUUCCAUUGAUCAUCCUUGAGAUUUUUCUACAACUUGAUUAGAGUCCACCUGUGGUAAAUUCAAUUGUUUGGACAUGAUUUGUAAAGGCACAUACCUGUUUAUAUAAGAUCCCACAGUUGACAGUGCAUGUCAGAGCAAAAACCAAACCAUGAGGUCGAAGGAAUUGUCUGUAGAGCUUCGAGACAGGAUUGUGUCAGAUCUGGGGAAGGAUACCAAAAUAAAUUCUGCAGCAUUGAAGGUCCCCAAGAACACAGUGGCCUCCAUCAUUCUUAAAUGGAAGAAGUUUGGUACCACCAAGACUCUUCCUAAAACUGGCUACCCGGCCAAACUGUUCAAUCGGGGGAGAAGGGCCUUGGUCAGGGAAGUGACCAAGAACCCAAUGGUCACUUUGACAGAGCUCCAGAGUUCCUCUGGAGAACCUUCAGGAUCGAGGUAAGGAUGAACGGAGCAAAGUACAGAGAGAUCCUUGAUGAAAACCUGCUCCAGAGCGCUCAGGACCUCAGACUGGGGUUAAGGUUCACCUUCUAACAGGACAACAACCUUAAGCACAUAGCCAAGACAACGCAGGAGUGGCUUCGGUCAAGUCUCUGAAUGUCCUUGAGUGGCCCAGCCAUAGCCCGGACUUGAACCCAAUCGAACAUCUCUGGAGAGACCUGAAAGUAGCUGUGCAGCGACGCUCCCCACCCAAUCUGACAGAGCUUGAGAGAAUUAGCAGGGAAGAAUGGGAGAAACUCCCCAAAUACAGGUGUGCCAAGCUUGUAGUGUCAUACCCAAAAUACUCUAGGCUGUAAUCGCUGCCAAAGGUGCUUCAGCAAAGUACUUAGUAAAGGGUCUGAAUACUUAUGUAAAUGUUAUAUUUCAGUUUUUUUUUUUUAUACAUUUGCAAAAGAUUCUAAAAACCUAUUUUUACUCAUUAUUGUGUGUAGGUUGAGGGGGAAAAACUAUAAUACAUUUUAUAAUAAGGCUGUAACGUUUAAAAAAUGUGGGGGGAAAUCAAGGGGUCUGAAUACUCCCCAAAUGCACUGUAUGUUCAGCUAUCCCACAAUUCAGUGGAAGAUUGAUAAUUACCCCUGCCUAAAAGGGAUGUAUGCCUUAAAAUGUCUUCAUGACUUUGUUCCUCCAUAAUGUCACUACUGUUACUGUACUGCCAGUAGAGAUAUUUCCAAUGAUGGAUGGACAUAGUUAAUUCGAUAUAAACAAAUAAAACAGCUAUGUUUUCAUGUUAAUUUACAAUACUUUAAUUAAUAGUUUAUAACUCCAGAAAUGUUAAUUGUUUUUUAGAAAAUAAUCUUAAAAAAUAAGAUUUUUUUAGAAAAUGACUCCCUAGUUUUAUAAGCCCCAGAAAUACCUACUGUAGAAAUGUCUAGUGAGAGUAACUUUGAUGACAAAGAUGAGAACCGUCCAACAUGCACUGGUAAUGCUAAACAUGCUAACACUUAUUUAUGUUUGCUUAGUUCUAUGAACAGCAUUGGCGUUGCACAGACCUCUGUUUCUGUUUAAGUUUUAAUGGUGUAUAAUGGUCUUCAAACAAACUCGCAGUGCAUUCUACCAGUCGUUUACUAGCCUGAAUGACUCUCCAUGCAUUAGUAGUAAUGAGCAAUGAGAUGAUGCCUCUCUUUUAGUCUGUAGUACUCUUAAGGGGUUUCCCUGUGAAAGUGUUCUGUAAGCCAAAGACUUGCAAAGUGCCUGUGAUGGCAACCUACCAUGUACAAAACCCAUAACACAUUACACAGCAACAUAAAGCGACUUCAGAAUAAGAUGAAAAACUCCUCCAGACAGUCGACAAUUCAGGCUAUUGUGUUGAUGUCAACAGAAUGAUAUACUUUUAUUUUCCUUUAUUCUGAAAACAAGAUUGUGAAUGUGAAGAGGGGCCACAGCAGAAAUGUUGAAAUACAUUCUAGAAAAGGAAUUGCAGCUAAACACAUAGAAUGUGUACUUAAUAUAGUGAAUAUACUCCACUCCAAUUGAGACAUUUUAGAACAAGAAUAUAAAUGGAGGGUUUUCAUAAAUAGUUCAGAAGAAAUAAAGCACAUAAUACAAUUAUUUGGGAGCAAUCAGUUGCUGUUUUAUUGAACGAUACAGAUAUUGUAUCUUAAUUUGAUCAUUCUGUUGUCGCUGAGAAUCUUCCUGCACUGCAGGAAAUUCAAAUGAGACUUGUGAUUUACAAAGAUUCACUGAAAACCCGCAGUUAUCUUUUUCUCUCGUUCGCUCAAAUGCCAAAGCACCAGAUUGAAUGGCGCAGUAGUACAUGUAUUCUAAUGUACAUCAACAACCGUAAUUUUCAAUAGCUUAAUAACACAAGAUGGAUAUUGGUCUCCACUACGACAUACAAGUGUAUUCGAAAUGUAGCCGUAGGCUACACCUAAACUAUAACCUAUCAAAACUCAUUUCCCAUUUGAAAAAAAAAAAUUUGCUGAAUGAAAUCCUGCUGCAGGAUUAUUUUACUCCUGGUCAAAUUAAGAUAACAACUGCAGUACACAACACAAGAAAGCGUUAUAAUACUUAUGUACAGUAGGUUGAAGCUGAAUUCUGCGUUAAUAAAUGUGCUAUUUAGCCUUUAUGUCCACUGAUCCCUAAUCUCGGUUAACCCAGUAGACUGUCCACAAGAGAUUAACAGAUCCCCAAUGCCUUUUAAAGAAAGCAAGAGAAUACGGGAUUUUGGUCUAAGUGGAUUUAGUAAAUUAUGGAUGGCUUUAAGAAGUUGCCUGUGUUUUUAGGGAGGAGAAAAAAAUUACUUUUCUUAAUCAAUCUUGAACAAUAUAUGUUCUUCAGUGUCUGCAUCUGUUAACAAUAUUACAUUCGUUUCUUAUGCUAUCUGUAAAGCUGUGGCCCCGUUACAAUUGCAGUCCUGUAUAAUCUGCUCAUUUUUCUUAAAAUGUCCAGCCUUUUAUCAGCUAGUCUCGAGGGAAACAUUUCUGGGAGAAGAGUUAUCGGUAGAAUAUUGUGUAGAUAAAUGUGUUUACCUUGAACAGAAGUGUGAAUGCUUAGAGUGGUGCUACUGUUGCUCUUAUCUGGUCUCAUAAUCUGCAAUGCAUGUAUUAAUAAUAGCUGAAACUGUUCAGGCUUUGCUUUUCCAAGAUUGCCUUAGUCAUUGACUGACUCCAGGGGGGGACCUGCUCGAGACAAAUGUAUGCCCAUUCAUCCAUCCAUCAGUCUUUUUCUGUAGUGAUCACUUUCUCCUCAGUCUGGAUUCUGUUGAAUUUAUGUAGGCUCUGUAUAGUACUGGACGUGUUCUACUUAUCCUUCUGUAAAUUAUUGUACUGCAAUGAAUGACGAUAAAAAAAAUGUUUUGUCACACCAUG